GUUUUCUUUCUGUGAUGUUGUUUUUUGUACAUCACCACCCCCCACCCCACCGAUAAAUGCAUUUUUUUAUCACUGCAAUUCGCGUUUGUGUAUAGUGUGCGUGUGUGUUUCCUCCUGUGUUUGCUAGAACACAGGAAGCGUAACGCUAUUAUCUCUGUUACAUACACGUAGCAGCAGUACGAAGCACGAUACACUGGAGAGCAGGUGAUUCAUAGUGGCUGGAGGUAAUAACAGCGCAACAUUAUUCAGCCGCGUAGUGGAUAGUGGGUGGGCGAGUGAAAAUGUGUAAUAGAAUGUGGUGCUGAUCGAUUGUGAGUGUGUUUACGCCAUCGCCGUUACGGACGUCGCAAACCGGACGAAGUCACCGCAAUGGACUCCAGGAAAGAUAUCUACAACCUCUGGGUGCAAUAUACGACAAAAAACGAAGAAACCUACUUUCGGCAGUUCAUAGCGGGAUUUGUCAGUAUAUGGCACUCCCAGCUACAGCUGGACUUUGACAAUGCGCCCCGGUGGGACGCGGUGGCACCGGAUCUGGGACCGCACCUGAGUCGGCUGCCAGACGAGCUGCUGCCCGCUAUAGAAAAGUUUCUGAUAAUCGCACGAGACGGUUGUGAGAAUGGCCGGAAAGAAGAAGGGGAGGAGACGGGCGUGCACGGUAGCUCGAUGAGAGAAAAUGUGCUGCUAGUGCAGUGUUUGACCGUCAUCUGUCGGCAUUUCGAAAACAUUGCUGCCGUUAUCAACUCGAGCUACAUCUCGAGUUGCAUCGCCAUUUCUAAUUUUAUCAUAGCACGGCUAAACGAUGAACGCGCCGAACAGGAGGACCAGGAAGCGGAUCUGCUCUUCGUGGCGAGUGUGGCCCGGCUGCUGGAAGUGCUGUACGAUCCGUACCUGACCUGGCGAAGCUACUUACGGGGCCACCACGCGGACUAUGCCAGCCUGGGCUACAAGAUAUCGCAACUGCAGCCGGAAAUAGUGCCAUUCAUAUACGACUGCUUCCAGGGCGGUAAGGUGACGAAGCACGCUCGCAUCGGCAAAGACCUGGUCCACAUUCUCGGUGCCGUUAUCGCCGGAUCUCAGGUAGCUUUAGUUAACGUUCCGCUACCGAAUGUCAAUUCGUACUAUUUAAAUAAUCCGGUUGGUGAAGGAAAUGAACAUGUUUCGCACAAUGGACUGCGUGCCAUAAGCCCUGCAACAGUUAGCAUCAUUAUAGACGUAGUAUGUAAAUGGGAAAGCAAUGCUGAACUGCGGCAAUUAAUGCUCCACUGUUUCGCGUUGAUGGCAGUCAUUCUACAAAAGUCUAGUCCCGAGCAGCGUCAGAUUGAUUUGCUGACCAUUUUCCAACUGUACAUCGGCUCGAUACGCGACCUGCUGACGACGGAACACUUCCUGCCGAAGAGUUCCUCGGUGGGCAGCUUCGAGCUGUCGCACGAUGACGAUAAUUACAUCGACGUUAGUGCGCUCUGUGCGGCAGUAGCGAUCAUCCGCGACUUUAUUCCCGACCAUGCAAACAAGCUCAUUCUGUGCAAUGCCCUGUUCGAGGCAAAGUUUCUCGCCAACCUUGUGCAGAUACCGGAACAAGUGAAGAAGUGGAACAUCGAUCACCAAACGCUCGGCACGGUGCUGGUGGAAACGUUGCAAAAGUUGUGCUAUCACUCGGAAAAAAUGCAGCACAAUCUGAUGCACACCAACUCCAUCAACGUGCUGUUCGAUGGGUUGAGAGAGUUUGGCAAACCUUCGGCCAGCUUGAUCAGCCAGUGUUUGGGCUUUGCGUUUGACGAGCACGACACGAGACAGGCGAACCCGGUGGUGGUCACCAAACUGAUCGAAUGGAUACCGCUGAUGGGAGAGCAGGAGCAGAACAUGCUGAGCGAAGUGCUGCUAAGAAAGUGCGCCGGCAGUAUGCAAAGCAAGCAGCUCGUUUGCAGCCAGAGAACGAUCAAACGUAUCGUGGACGUUUGCCUAUCUCGUUGCCAACGGUUGUCAUCCAAGUGUGCAAUGAAUCUGCUGAAGCUAAUAGAGGAGCUAGCCAAGUAUAGCAUCCUGCCGGCGGAAGUAAACAGCCUGUUCCGCCUGUUGCGCCCCGACGCGCAGUUCGAGUACCGGAAGCUGCUGCUGGAGACGAUACUGCGCAUUACGCAGCACCGCAGCAGCGCCGGCUCGAUGCCGGACAAUUUUCUCGACAUCCAGACGAACACCAGCGGCAUCACGAUACCCGAGAUACGCAAAUGGGAAACGACGCACGGGUUCGUGUUUCACGCCUGGUUGCGGCUGGAGGAGGAACGCUCGAUCGCGCAGAACUAUCGCCGGCAGCUGUUCAGCCUGACGACCAACUACGGUACGGGGUACGAGUUUUUCGUCCAGAAAAAUGGCAACUUUGUUGUGAGUGUGAUCACCAAGAAGGAGUUUUUCACUGCCACCGUCACGUCCCCGCAGCUGCUCGAUGGGCGCUGGCACUCGGUGACGGUUAGCGUGGUGCCACCGAAGCGAUUAUUUUCGUACCACCAGAUCAACGUGUACCUGGACUCGGUGCAAAAGCUCGGCUCGACGAUGAAGUACGCAUCGUUUGCGGAAGUGUUUCACUACUGCUCGAUCGGGGCACCGUACAACAAUUUCCGCAAGGUGUCGCACACAUCGCACCAGUCGAACUCGGCGCGCAUGAGCCCGGUGCCGGAUCCGGGUGUCGCAUCGCCGAGCAGCGAGCGGGAAGAGAAAACCAAACCAUCGGGCCUGUUUCCGAAUCUGAUCGAGCGGACGUUCUUCCCCGGGCUGGUAUCGCAGGUGCCGAACUAUUUUACGCUACCGAGCAAAUCAACCUCUUCGCUCGAUCCGAGCGUAAAGUCGUACCCGAUCGGCAUGCAGGACUUGGUGUUUGGGGAGGCGAUCUGCUUGAAGGGACAGCUCGGCGCCGUCCUGCUGGCCGAUACGAACAUCAACCUGAAGAGCCUGUUCGAGGCGGGCCCGAGUGUGGCGAACGUGUUGGCGACCGACAUGAUCGAAUCGUUCGAUAUGGCCUCCAAGUUUGUGUUUUGCUUCGCGCCGAACGCGUGCUUCGACGGGUUGUGCUUGGACCUGGCUCCGGGCAAUCAGUACAACGGCCACCUGGUGGCCAGCGUCGCCCACACGCUCUCGUUACAGAACGCACUGAACGGCAUCGGCGGCAUGGUGGCGCUGCUACCAAUAGUAGACAGCUUGGCGCUGCUGCCCGACGCGGACCUCCCAUCGGCGAACGAGCUGAUAUCGCUCAGCCCGGUCGAGUCGCCGCUGAAGGAGGAACGCUUUGGCGAUUGGGAAAUGCUGCAGCUAAACUCGCUGACCGAGGCGAAAAUCAUCCAAAACCCUAUCGCUUGCUUCUUCUGCCUGGUGCGCAACUUUAUCAGCGGCAGCGAGCUGAACAAGGAGAACAUGCUGAAGAAUGAUGCGAUCGCGAUCAUUAGCACACUGCUGCAGCGGUGCAACGAGCGGCUGUUCGACGUGAACGUGCUGAUGGCGGUGCAGCUGCUGAUCGAGUCGAUACAGAACGAGAUGCCGUCGGGCAAUAUGGAGCUGCUGCACGUGCUGCAUCGCGAUCUGGUGUUUAACUUUCGCAUCUGGGCGAAGGCACAGUUCCAGAUCGUGAUCGGGCACGUGCAGUACAUUAGCACGAUUAUUAAGGACGAUCGGAAGUACUUCCGCCGGCACUUUGGCAUACAGUAUCUGCUGGAUGUAAUACAGGAGCAUUUUACCAACAACGCCAGCCUGCCGCCCCAGGACGCAAAGAUGGUACGGGAGUCGCUGCUACGGAUCGUCAAGUACUACAUCCAGAAGGAGGUCAACAUUAAGGAGAUAUCGGCAAUACUGACAUUCCUCACCACGACCAAGCACGAGGCCACGGUUGGCGAAAUUAUCGAUAUGCUUGUGCUGCUCAUCGAGGGCAAACACGUGAAGGAUCAAAUAUUCCUGCUCAUGUACGAACCACACAUGGCCGAGGCGAUGUACAUGCUGUUCAUUGAUCGCCACUUUGGCAGUGAGGUGCAUAUGAAGCUGAUCAAAUUCAUCACCGGCAUGCUGUGCACGAAGCGAAUAUCGGCCAAACAUAAGGCCGCUCUGCGGCUGUACGAUACCACGAUCGAAUGCCACAGCCUGUACCCGGGACUGUUCUCGUUCAUGCUUCCGUUCCAGCUGGAACCGCACGUCAUCCUGGGCCUGCUGGAUCUGAACCUAAGCUCCGACACCGAAAUGGGCUACGCCGGUGCGCUGUGCCUCAUGUACCAUUCAAAUCUGUUAGAGCUCUCCCUAAAGCUGGAAAUAGCGCGGCGUCUAAUGACGAGCACGUUCACCAAACCGAAAGCGCCCCAAAUGAUAGCGAAGCAGGUCGGUUGGCAAGAAUCGAUCGCACGCCUGCUGAUCAAGAAGCCGGUAGAGAACCGCUCCGAGGAAGGAGCGGAAAAGGGCAAGCAAAACCUGCUCACCGACAUGGACGAGGUGGUGAAGCGUGAAAGCGAAUCGUCCGCUGCCGGGCCGGGUGCGGACGAUUUGAUCGUGUUCGACGAAGAAAACCUGGAGCUCCACGUGCAGGAGAGCGGCAAGCAGCCGAACUCGUUCAUGUCCGAGGCGGCGACGGUGCUGGAGCACGAGAUCAAGGAGCUGGCGGACACGGUGCAAGAAGCGGUAGUGGACAACAUUGCCUCCUCGAUCACCUCGGUGUACUCCGUCAUUCGGCAGAAGACGUCCGACAUACAGGACACGAUCGGUUCGCUGACGCUCAGCUUCGAGGAAUCGGCGGGCCGGAAGAAGAAAUCCUCCCUCAGCAGCAGCAGCGAGGAGAACGUGUCGCUGGACGAGUCCGGUUCGCUGGCCGGCGGCACCGCCUCGAUGGUGGUGGAGGACCUGCAGUCGACGAAGAGUGGCGAAGAGCUGGACAGCAGUGCGGGCAACAGUGUCGAUUCCGCCAGUGAGAAGUACGCGGACGACAAUGAGGAAGAAAACCUCGUCUGCUCCGUGUCGAGCAGCCUGUUCACGAUACUGUGGCGCGGGGUAGAAAACUCGAACGACUCGUGGCAGGAGCGGGGCCAGGUGAUGGCCUGCAUCAAUCUGAUAGCGCUUAACAACGAGCUGUACUGCUCGCAUCUGGCGCUCCGGCUGCGCAUCCUCGAGAUGGGUGUGCAGGCGGCCCUGAUGGACCUUGCGGAGAAUGCGCACCUGGCGCUGAUCCAUCAGCAAAAUGCGGCCCAACUGUUGCGCCUCGCGUACGACCUGGUGGUGCUCGAUCCGAACGAAGACGACUCGAAGAAGUGCUCGGUCAAGCUGCUGGACGGGGUGCUUUCGCUGCUCGAUAUACUGAUGGUGUUUCAGCAGAGCAGCAGCGACGACUGGUCAGAAAUGUCGCACCUGUGCUUGGGCCUGCUGCUGAAGUGUUCGCACAGCGCGAACUCGGAAAUAGUCGCCAUGGCAACGGCGAAGCUGCACGCGCUGCUACAAAACCGCACCAAUCAGGACCCGGCCGAGAUUGGGUACCUAAUGUACAGUCUCAAUCAAGCGAUGUGCAACGCCAUCGAGGUGGACAACUCGGAGCAAUACUCGUUCCUCAUACCGGUGAUGAAGGCGCUGCUGGAAAAGUCGCGCAUCGUGCUGGGAUUGGCCACGCACACACCCGACCUGCCGGCGACUUCUUCCGGGCCGAUCUUCUUCCAAGACUUUCAAACCUACUGUGCUAGUCGGCAGUGGACAACGUUUAUCGACAAGAAGAUAAAACCACUGUACACCUCGUAUCAGAAAGAUCUUUCGAUCACGCUGUGGGAACCGCUGAACACGUUUUGGGCCGAAUGCUACGAAUCGUGCAAGCUGUCCUCGCAGCGCCGAGCCAAACUGCAGAUGGAAAGUCGUCGAAAGUUUCAGGAACGAAUACUGGUGCCCUGUCGGAUCCGUCAAUCGGAGGAGAAUGCGCGCCUCAGCAUACAGCAGGCGCAGCGCAAAGCGAAGGACGCAAACACGGAGCGACGCUGGCUCAAUCUGCAACGGUUUCUGUACGGACCGAAGGGUGCCUGGGCCAAAGAAACUAGAGAGGAAGAAUACUGGCGUCUAUCACACCACGAGAAUGUGGCUCGUAUGCGCCUGAAGCUGGAACCGGACCUGUACCACGAUCCGCAUACAGCGGCCGCCAAUAUGCGCGACAACACGACGUCCUCCACCUCGCAAAGCCGGCGCCUUUCGUCCGAGUUUGGAUCGACGUUUGCGCCUGCCGCGAUCGGGGAAGAGAACACCGACGACGAGAUGUUGCUGCUGGAGGAGGAAAUGAGAAACAGCCUGGAGCCGCAAGUUCCGGAAACGUCGGGACGGGAGAAAAUUGUCAUCACGCAGGAGUGCGAGCUGAUCACGCUGAUGACGCGUGUGAAGGGCCGCUUCGAUCUGACAACCAACCAGCUCAUGUUCACGGAAAUAGCAUCGCUGAAGGAUGACGGCCAGCGGCACGACUUCAAGUUUCCGAUCGGUCAACUGCGCGAGCUGCACCUGCGCAAGUUUAACCUGCGACGAAGCGCGCUCGAGAUGUUUCUCACCGAUCAGACCAGCUACUUUCUGAACUUCACGACGCGGACGCGCAAUAAAAUAUUUACCAAAAUUCUCAGCCUGCAGCCACCGAACAUACUGUACGGGUCGGGGCGAUCGCCGGCCGAGCUGCUGAAAUCGUCCGGCCUGACGCAGAAGUGGGCCAACCGGGAGAUAUCGAACUUUGAGUAUCUGAUGCACCUGAACACGAUCGCCGGCCGGUCGUACAACGACCUCAGCCAGUAUCCGGUGUUUCCCUGGAUAUUGGCCGACUACACGAGCGAGGUGCUCGAUCUGAACGAUCCGCGAUCGUUCCGGGAUCUCAGCAAACCGAUCGGCGUGGUGAACCCGAAGAACGAAGCGGAGGUGCGCAGCAAGUUCGACGGGUUCGAGGAUCCGUCCGGCAUGAUACCGAAGUUCCACUACGGUACGCACUACUCCAACUCGGCCGGCGUGCUGCACUAUCUGAUCCGCGUCGAGCCGUUCACGUCGCUGCACAUCGAGCUGCAGAGCGGCCGGUUCGACGUGGCCGACCGGCAGUUCCACUCGAUCCCGCAAACCUGGAAGCUGCUGAUGGACAACCCGAACGACGUGAAGGAGCUCAUACCGGAGUUCUUUUACUUUCCGGAGUUUUUGAAAAACAUGAACCGCUUCGAUCUCGGCGUGCUGCAGAUGACGAAGGAGAAGGUGGACGAUGUGGUGCUGCCGCCCUGGGCCAAAACGGCAGAAGACUUUAUCGCGAUCCAUCGGCGAGCGCUCGAGUCGGAGUAUGUGUCGCAGCAUCUGCACCACUGGAUCGAUCUGAUCUUUGGCUACAAGCAGAAGGGCCCAAAAGCGGUCGAUGCGCUGAACGUGUUCUACUACUGCUCGUACGAGGGGGCGGUCGAUCUGGAUAAGAUAGCGAACCCGAUCGAGCGGGAAGCGGUCGAGGGUAUGAUUAACAACUUUGGCCAAACGCCGUCGCAGCUGUUGCGGGACCCACACCCGCGGCGACUGUCGCUGGAUGAGCUUACGAUACGCCUGCUAAAGCUGGAGCUGCGACGGCCGGAUCUGACCCUGAUUCUGGACCGCGUCCAGUGUACGGCGUGCGAUCUAUCCACCGACAAAGACCCGGUGGUGUAUUUGAGCACGCCGAAAAGUCCGCCCCGGUCGUUUUUGCAAACCAGCCCGGACAUGCUGAUCACGGUGACGAAAUCGGGCAUACUGGGCUGCCACAGUUGGAUGUCCUUCGACAAGGAGCGAGGCUUUCUGCUCGAGAUCGAUGCGACCACGCUGAACCUGAAAAAUCGCAAAAAGUUGACCGGCCCAUUUCAUCCAUCGAUAACGCUCAGCUCGAAACUGUUUGCCCUCAGUGUGGACGCGAAGUACAUCUACGCCGGAGGGAUCUGGGACAACUCGGUGCGUGUGUUCAACAUGGCCCGGGGCAAGGUGGUCGCAUCGGCAAUCAAUCAUUUCGAUGUGGUGACCUGUAUCGCUAUGGACAACUGUGGCUCGUACCUGGUGACUGGAUCAAAGGACUGUACCUGUGUCAUAUGGUCGCUUAGUACGAGCAACAGCGUCAGCCAACCGGCCGGGUCUAAUUUGCAGCCCAACACGGCCGCAUUGAACCAGAACCUGGCCGGCAACGUGGUGGGAAGUGCCAAUGUUGUACACCUUACCAAUAACCUCACGCCGAAACCGGUGCACACGCUGUACGGGCAUGACGAUGCCGUGUCUUGUGUGGCCAUCAUGACCGAGCUGGACAUGGUGGUUUCCGGCUCACUGGAUGGUACUGUAAAUGUGCAUACCAUCAAGAAUGGACAGUUCAUCAGGACAAUAAAUCCCAUCGGAUGUACGGGCUGCAAGAUUGAAGUAUCCUUCAUUACCAUAUCCUAUCAGGGUCAUAUCGCUUUCUCAGCCCUCGACGAUACUUCCCAUUCGGUGCACGUGUUCAGUAUAAACGGUGUCAGCCUCGGCUCCAAGUACGUGUCCGGUCGUGUGACUGGGCUGACCUCAUCCUCGGACUAUUUGGUGGUUUCGGACGACGCCGGCGACGUUACGAUGAGCCGACUGUACGGGCUAAAACCUAUCUUCGACAUUCCCCUACACGUCCCAACGCAAACGGUUGUGGGAACUGUUGGCAAUACACAUCUGUUGGCACCGUUGCGAGAUGGCAGCUUGGGCGUGAUCGGGAUCCAGCAACCGAUCCCUUAUAAAAAGCACACCGUAUUGAACGUCUAAUCUUCCAACCUGUAGCCUAUAUAUUAUCUAGAAAAUCACCUUCCAGAGAAGUUAAGUUUGUAUCGCGUCAACGCAAAGUCAGUAUUCUUCAAAUUGUAGAGAUUUAUUUGAAAAAAAAAAGAAACAAUUUCCUGCCUGAUAUGGGAUCGUUGCAUUAAUGGGAGUCAAUUGGUAGUCUAUAGAUGAAUCGCAGGAUGAGUUAUGUGUUAGGCAGUGUUUCGUUAGAUAAAUUUCUUCCAUGUUUAUGUUUUAUGUGUGCCCGCUGUAUGCUCUUUCUUUCUUACGUUUUAUAUCCAUUGAAUGUAAUUGGCAACGGAUAACGCAAACUACAAUCGCAUUUCCUCCUCAGAAUCCACGAAUUCGCAAACUACUUCCCGUCCUGCAGCGUAUUGUGACGAACCGUAAACAAAAAGAUACUAACAUAGGGAAUCAUUUUAAAACACAAAGCGUUAAAACGUAUGAAUAUGAUGUAGAGUAGUGUCAAUGUUAAACGUAUGUUGUUAUAGCUGAUCGUGGUGUGGAAGUAUUGUUUUAACCGUGUAAACAAAAGCAAAUUAAAUUAAAAACAUUAUAAAACAUUAUAACAAACAAUGUGCGAUGUAACGUCGGGAGAGGAAAAGAUCGCUGUUAGCCAAUAUAUUCAGUAUCCAGAGUAGAAGUUUUCUGAACAUAAAGCAAAAGUGAGCAUUAGUAAUGCUAUCCCUUCGUGUAUCGUGCGUAGAAGACUAGGGAAAGAAUUUCGUUUCGAAGAUAGUUUCUUUUUCAAGCUUAUACACUUAUAGGCGUAAUCCCUCGAUAAUAACGAUCCUUCAUCCUGACAACCCAAUUUUUAGAAAACGAUAUUUUAUCAACUACCAAAUCCCGUACUAUUUCAACAUGAGUAAAUAAAAUACAUUUCCACGA